CGCGCCGCAGGCGGCCGGGGCGGAGGCGGCGGCCGGGUCCGCCCUCCGCGCUCGCCUUCCCCGCGCGGCCAGAGGCCGGGGGCGGGCCCGGCAAAGGCCGCUCCCCUGGCGGCCCCGCGGCCCGCGGCGGCGCUCGCAGCCUCUCACCCGAGGCGGGCAGGAGGGCAGGCGGGCGAGUUCUGGGAAAGCCCGGCCCAGGGCGGGGGCCACGCCGCCGCCGCCGCCGUCCCGGCAGGGCGUAUAGCUCGGAGGGCGCGGGGCAACGGAGCGGCGCCGGGCCGGGCGCACUGGGCAACGCGGAGCGGGCGGGCUCGCGGGGCCUGAGGGGAGGCGGGCGGCGCGCACCGCCCCGGUCCGAGCUCAAGGCUCUGCCUCCCGGGCACUUGCCUGGUUCCUGCGCUCUCCUGGGCAUCCUCUGUGCCGCUGACACACCGUAGUGGGGGCACCCGACGCCGCUAGCGACUGGCGCGCAGACUGCAGGUCCUCAGGGGCACGCUGCAUUCGGAGCGUCGGGCGUGACUGGCCAGACGAGGAAAGGUGAGGAAGCACUUCUAGCUGCGCUCCUAAGGAUUGGCGAAGGUCAGAGAUGGGCUACUUUUCUCUCAGUCCUAUAGACCCGCUAUGGGGCGCCUCGUAACGUCGCGUACCUGGCCGAAGACUGUGUCGCUGCUCACCCUGGGGAGAACUGAGGCGGGCGAUUCCCGAGGGGAUGCAGGCUAAACAUCAAAUGGGCUUGCGAACACCCUGGGAGGGAUUUCUUCGCUCCUUCAGAUUUUCCCCUCAGGUCUCCACUUCAUUUUGUGUGGACGGUGUGGAAAGAAGAAAUAUACAAGCUAUUUUUGUGGUGGAAACGUUCAAAUUGGAUUUUUGUAUCAUUGCAUAUUGGUGAAUGAUCAGAAGUUGCAGAAUGCACUCAGAAAAAAAAGUUUCAAAAGAAUUUGCUUCCGAUAGCAAAGGAAAGAAAAUUCAUUUACCACCUUGAAACUCUGAUCUAGAAAAACAUAUUGCAUGUAAUAGGAAGUUAUAAUUGGGAAAAUUUAUUUGACUUUUUAGUACACCUGAAUGAAAGGCACUGUCACUUGUUUCUCAAAAGGACUUGCAUAUCUGAGAUUAUUUUAAUAAUCAGUGAUUUUAUAAAAAUCUUGAUAUGCUCAUCAGAGAGGAGAAACAGAGAGAUAAGCUAAAACCUAUGUGUUGGUCAAAAUGACUUCUGAAGAAAUGGCAGCUUCUGUUCUCAUUCCCGUGACUCAGAGAAGAGUGGUAUCUGCUGCAUCGAUUGCAGAUGAAAGUAGAGAAAGGGGCUCAGGCCCCAGUGCUGUGAAGGCAGAUACUAUCAAUAAGAGUGGGCAGACUUCCCAUACCAUCUCAUGCCUGAACAAACUUAAAGGGGAGUCUUCUGGAAGCAGUUUGCCCAAGAUUCUCUCAAUAACAAGGGAGGAAAUGAUGAGUGAUGAGAACAGUAAUGAAAAAUGCUGGGAGAAAAGCCUGCCAGAUUCUGUGAAAAACCUUAACAUUAACUGCAACCACAUAUUGAAAAACCAUCAGCACGGCCUUCCUCAGAGCCAGUUUUAUGAAACGUGCGACUCUGUCACAGAGGAAGGCCUGUGUUUGGAAACUGGAAUUCCUUCUCCACUGGAAAGAAAGGCAUUCCCUGGAGUUCAACUGGAAAUCGACAGACCUCCAAUGGGUAUCAAUCCUUUAGGAAAUCAAUCAGCGAUCAUCGAGACUGGCAGAGGACAAUCUGUCAGCAACAUGGCAGUAUUUCGUAUUCAUUAUGAAGUUGACAGAAGAACGUCAGACACUUUCUGUACCCUGUCGGAUGACUUAAUUUUGGAUGAUUGUGGAAAUUGUAUACCACUGUCUGGUGUUGGAGGAGAGGAAAAAGAAAAUUACAUGGCAUAUACCUGUAAACUUAUGGAAUUGGCUAAAAACUGUGAUAAUAGGAACGGGCAGCCUCAGUGUGAUCACUGUGACACCUUGAAUGAGAAAUACUUGUGUUUUGAGGGUUCUUGCCAGAAGGUCAAUAUGAUGAGUUCAAGUGGUAGCUUUUGCAGAGAGGAUUUUACUGACAAUGUACCUGCCAAGACCUUUCUGAGCCAUUUUGAGGAUUUCCCUGAGAAUUGUGAAGCUGUAGAAGAAGAAUUUUUUAAAAGCAAAAAGGCACGGUCUACUUUGCUAAUCAGAAGAUUUUGUAAAAAUGACAGGGAAGUUAAGAAAUCGGUGUAUACUGGGACAAGGGCAAUUGUAAGAACUUUGCCUUCUGGCCAUAUUGGACUGGGAGCUUGGAAUUACAUUGUUCAGAAGAAAAAUGGUCUCUUAUUGCCUCCUGGGAGAAUAACGGAACAUCUGUCAACAGUGGCGACUAAGCAAGAUGGGAGCUGCUGUCUCUCAGAAGCCCAGUGGUAUUCGACCUACAAUGCAGUGAGAAGAGGAGAACAAACAGAAGAUACAAUUGGAUCUCUUCUCCAUUUCUUCAGAAAGCUCCCAGCCUCCGAGACAGCCCAUGGAAGGGUUAGUGUUGGUCUGUGUUUAAAGCAGUGUAUUCCAGGCAAUGUAUGUGAGUAUCGUGCCACUCUCCAGAGGACGUCCUUGUCUCAGUACAUCUCUGGUUCUCUGCUAGAAGCAACCACAUCGUUAGGAGCAAGGACUGGCCUUCUCAAUAUUUUUGGAGGAUCCACUGGACGAAUGAUGCUGAAAGAGCGCCAAACGGGCAUUUCCAUGGCCAACUCCAGUGUCCUCCCUUCAAGUACAGCUGGGAUCAGCAAGGAACUGAUUGAUCUACAACCCCUCAUCCAGUUCCCAGAGGAAGUUGCCAGCAUCCUGACGGAGCAGGAGCAGAACAUUUAUCAAAGAGUCUUGCCAGUUGACUAUCUUUGCUUCUUAACCCGGAACUUGGACUCUCCUGAAUGCCAGAGGUCCCUGCCCUGCCUCAAAGCAUCCAUCUCAGCUUCGAUUCUUACCUCCCAGAAUGGAGACCACAAUACCCUUGAAGAUCUUGUGAUGAGAUUUAAUGAGGUGAGCUCCUGGGUGACAUGGUUGAUCCUCACGGCUGGCUCCAUGGAGGAGAAGCGAGAAGUCUUUUCAUAUUUGGUGCAUGUGGCCAAAUGCUGCUGGAACAUGGGCAAUUACAACGCUGUCAUGGAGUUCUUGGCAGGCCUCAGGUCAAGGAAGGUUUUAAAAAUGUGGCAGUUUAUGGACCAGUCUGACAUCGAAACCAUGAGGAGCCUGAAGGAUUAUAUGGCCCAGCACGAGUCUUCCUGUGAGUACAGGAAGGUGGUGACCCGGGCCCUGCACAUCCCCGGCUGCAAGGUGGUUCCCUUCUGUGGGGUGUUCUUAAAGGAGCUCUGUGAAGUUCUUGACGGCGCCUCUAGCCUCAUGAAGCUUUGUCCGCAGUACAAUUCCCAAGAAGAAACUUUAGAGUUUGUAGCAGAUUACAAUGGACAAGAUAAUUUCUUACAACGGGUGGGACAGAAUGGCUUAAAGAAUUCCGAGAAGGAGUCUACUGUCAACAGCAUCUUCCAGAUCAUCAGGAGCUGCAGUCGGAGCCUGGAGCCUGAGGAUGAAGACAGUCCCGGUGAAGAGAGCAGCUCUAGGAAAAAUUCCUUGAAGGACAAAACCCAAUGGCAGUUUAUAAUUGGAGAUUUGUUGGAUUCAGAAAGUGACAUCUUCGAGGAGUCCAAAGAACGAGACCCUCAUGGAACAGAAGAGCCACAGAAGGCCUUCGCCCACGGGACGGAGCUCGUUCCUUGGUAUGUGCUGUCCAUUCGAGCUGACGUGCACCAGUUCCUGCUGCAGGGGGCCACGGUCAUCCACUAUGACCAGGACACGCAUCUCUCUGCCCGCUGCUUCCUCCAGCUUCAGCCUGACAAUAGCACCUUGACCUGGAUAAAGCCCACCACUGCCUUCCCAGCUAGCAGAAAAUUUGGUAUGCUUAGUAACAUGGCUGAGCCUGGCAAAUUCCUGUUACUGGGCAAUGCUGGACUAAUUGGGCUGACAGAGGGGGUCUUGGAUUUGUUUUCAGCGAAGGCUGUGUUCAUGGGACACCCUGGCAUUGAUAUACCCACUGUGUGUGCUCAGAACAAACUGGGCAGCAUGCUUCUCUCAGAGACUGGCGUGACACUCCUCUAUGGUCUUCAGACCACGGACAACAGAUUGUUGCACUUCGUGGCACCAAAGCACACGGCCAAAAUGCUCUUUAGUGGAUUGCUGGAGCUCACUAGAGCCAUGAGAAAGAUGAGGAAGUUCCCUGACCAGAGACAGCAGUGGCUACGGAAACAGUAUGUCAGCCUUUAUCAGGAGGACGGACGGUAUGAAGGUCCAACCUUGGCUCAAGCUGUGGAGUUGUUCGGUGGCAGACGAUGGAGUACUCGAAACCCCAGCCCUGGAACAUCAGCAAAGAGUGCCGAGAAGCCCAGUGUGCAGAGAAACAACACCCUGGGUAUAAGCACCACCAAGAAAAAGAAGAAAAUGCUCAUGAGGGGUGAGAGUGGGGAGGCAACUGACGAUGAGAUGGCGACCCGAAAGGCCAAAAUGUACAAAGAAUGUCGAAGCCGGAGUGGUUCUGAUCCUCAGGACAUUAAUGAACAGGAAGAAUCAGAGGCAAAUGCCAUUACGAGCCCUCCUAACCCUCUUCCUUCCAGAAGAGCCCACUCUUUGACCACGGCUGGGUCACCUAACUUGGCUGCCGGGACAUCGUCUCCCAACAGGCCAGUGUCCUCCCCUGUGCUGUCUUCUUCAAACAAGAGCCCAUCCAGUGCUUGGAGCAGCAGCAGCUGGCACGGGCGGAUCAAAGGAGGAAUGAAGGGGUUUCAGAACUUCAUGGUUUCGGACAGUAACAUGAGUUUUGUUGAAUUUGUUGAGCUGUUCAAAUCAUUCAGCAUAAGGAGCCGGAAGGACCUGAAGGAUCUCUUCGACAUCUAUGCAGUUCCCUGCAAUCGGUCGGGCUCUGAGUCGGUUCCACUCUACACCAAUCUGACAAUUGAUGAAAACACCAGUGGUCUUCAGCCUGAUCUAGAUUUGUUGACCAGGAAUGUCUCAGAUUUGGGGUUGUUCAUUAAGAGUAAACAGCAGCUCUCGGACAACCAGAGACAGAUAUCUGAUGCCAUUGCGGCUGCAAGUAUCGUGACAAAUGGUACUGGGGUUGAGAGCACAUCCCUGGGCAUAUUUGGAAUUGGCAUUCUACAGCUUAACGACUUCCUAGUGAACUGCCAAGGAGAACACUGCACUUAUGAUGAAAUCCUCAGCAUCAUUCAGAAGUUUGAGCCCAGCAUCAGUAUGUGUCAUCAGGGCCUAAUGUCAUUUGAAGGAUUUGCAAGGUUUCUGAUGGAUAAAGAUAAUCUUGCCUCAAAAAAUGAAGAGUCACAGGAGAACAUUAAAGAAUUGCAGCUACCCCUUUCCUACUAUUACAUUGAAUCUUCACACAAUACCUACCUCACAGGCCAUCAACUCAAAGGAGAAUCCUCAGUAGAACUCUACAGCCAGGUCCUCCUGCAAGGCUGUAGGAGUGUGGAGUUGGACUGCUGGGAUGGAGAUGAUGGAAUGCCAAUCAUUUAUCAUGGACAUACACUGACAACCAAGAUCCCCUUCAAGGAAGUGGUUGAAGCCAUCGAUCGUAGUGCCUUCAUCAACUCUGACCUGCCAAUCAUCAUAUCGAUUGAGAACCAUUGUUCAUUGCCUCAACAACGAAAAAUGGCAGAAAUUUUCAAGACUGUGUUUGGAGAAAAGCUGGUGGCUAAAUUCUUAUUUGAGAGUGAUUUCUCGGAUGAUCCAAUGCUUCCCUCACCCGACCAGCUUAGGAGGAAAGUGCUCCUUAAAAACAAGAAGCUAAAAGCCCAUCAAACGCCAGUGGAUAUCUUAAAGCAAAAGGCUCAUCAGUUAGCAUCCAUGCAAGCUCAGGCUUAUAAUGGUGGGACUGCCAACCCCCCAGCUGCUAAUAACGAGGAAGAGGAAGAUGAAGAGGAUGAAUAUGAUUAUGACUAUGAAUCCCUCUCUGAUGACAAUAUUCUGGAAGACAGACCUGAAAAUAAGUCAUGCAAUGAAAAGCUUCAGUUUGAGUACAAUGAAGAAAUCCCCAAGAGGAUAAAGAAGGCAGAUAACUCUGCUUGCAACAAAGGAAAGGUCUAUGACAUGGAACUGGGAGAAGAAUUUUAUCUUCCUCAGAAUAAAAAGGAAAGCAGACAGAUUGCACCAGAGCUUUCUGACCUUGUCAUCUAUUGUCAAGCGGUGAAAUUUCCAGGCCUGUCAACUCUAAAUGCAUCUGGCUCAAGCAGAGGAAAAGAAAGGAAAAGCAGGAAGUCCAUUUUUGGCAACAAUCCGGGCAGAAUGAGCCCUGGGGAGACAGCAUCAUUUAACAAAACAUCUGGAAAAAGUCCUUUGGAAGGAGUGCGACCAACCUGGGAAGAAUCUUCCCUUCUCAACCCAACCACAUCCCUCAGUGCUAUCAUUAGAACCCCCAAAUGUUACCACAUCUCCUCGCUUAAUGAGAAUGCCGCCAAACGGCUGUGUCGCAGGUAUUCUCAGAAACUGAUCCAGCACACCACCUGCCAGCUGCUGCGGACUUACCCUGCCGCCACCCGCAUCGACUCUUCCAACCCCAACCCCCUCGUGUUCUGGCUCCAUGGAAUACAGCUCGUCGCACUCAACUACCAAACAGACGAUCUCCCUUUACAUUUAAAUGCUGCAAUGUUUGAAGCUAAUGGUGGCUGUGGUUAUGUUUUGAAACCUUCAGUUCUGUGGGACAAGAACUGUCCCAUGUAUCAGAAGUUUUCUCCAUUGGAAAGAGAUCUGGAAAACAUGGACCCAGCUGUCUAUUCUUUGACUAUUGUCUCUGGACAAAACGUGUGUCCCGGUAGUAGCACAGGAAGCCCCUGUAUUGAAGUCGAUGUCCUGGGCAUGGCCCUGGACAGCUGCCAUUUCCGCACAAAGCCCAUCCACCGAAACACUCUGAACCCCAUAUGGAAUGAACAGUUUCUCUUCCGGGUGCACUUUGAAGAUCUUGUAUUUCUUCGCUUUGCAGUUGUGGAAAACAACAGCUCAGCGGUAACUGCUCAGAGAAUCAUUCCACUCAAGGCUUUAAAACGAGGAUAUCGACAUCUUCAACUGAGAAACCUCCACAAUGAAGUCUUGGAAAUUUCCAGUUUAUUCAUAAAUAGCAGAAGGAUGGAAGAAAAUUCCUCUGGCAGUACCCUGCCGGCCUCUGUGAUGUUUAAUACUGAAGAAAAAAAAUGUUUGCAGACAUACAGAGUCACGGUGCAUGGGGUCCCAGGUCCAGAGCCCUUUACCAUUUUUACUAUAAAUGGAGGCACCACAGCAAAGCAUCUUCUCCACCAAAUUUUGACGACCAAGCAAAGCACCAAACCUUUCACCACAGACUGUUUUUUGAUGGAAGAAAAAUAUUUUAUAUCUAAAGAAAAGAAUGAAUGCAGGAAACCUUUCCAGAGAGCCAUUGGUGCAGAAGAACAGAUCGUACAGAUUUUAAGCAGCUGGUUUCCAGAAGAGGGAUACGUUGGCAGGAUUGUCUUAAAAACCCAGCAGGAAAACCUGGAAGAGAAGAACAUUGUGCAAGAUGACAAAGAGGUGACUUUGAUCUCAGAGGAGGAGAGUUUCUUUGUCCAAGUGCAUGAUGUUUCUCCAGAGCAACCUCGAACAGUCAUCAAAGCACCCCGUGUCAGCACUGCCCAGGAUGUCAUUCAGCAGACCCUAUGCAAAGCCAAAUAUUCCUAUAGCAUCCUAAGCAAUCCCAACCCGAGUGACUAUGUGCUUUUGGAAGAGGUGAUGAAAGACUCUGCCAACAAGAAGUCUUCUACCCCAAAGUCCUCCCAGCGGGUCCUUUCAGAUCAGGAGUGUGUUUUUCAAGCCCAAAGCAAAUGGAAAGGUGCAGGAAAAUUCAUCCUUAAGCUAAAGGAACAGGUACAGGCAUCCCGAGAAGAUAAAAGAAAAGGCAUUUCUUUUGCGAGUGAACUCAAGAAGCUCACCAAGUCAACUAAACAGUCCCGAACACUCACCUCACCUUCUCAGCUCUCAGUCACAGAAAGUAACCAGAACAAGGAGGAGAAAUCUGUGGGGGGCUUGUCCUCCAGUGAUGCGAUGGACUAUCGACAGUGACCAAGGGCAGCAGGUUGCACCCAGGUGAAGAUCUUUUGGCAAGAAGUUAAAAUAAAGUCAAGAAUGAACAUGAUGAAAACAAAUAUAAUUUCCUUAUUUCGUUAGAUUAAAACUGGAAAUUGAUGAUUUCUGAACUGAAGGCUUCUUCACAAAGGAUGGGAGGUCCAUGCUGUGGACAAACAAUGUGGCACGGGCUAGCUACCAACCAAGUUACUGAUGAAUGAAGUCAACGAAGCCCAGGAGAUGUCAUUUUUACAAAUGUCAGCAGUUGGAAAAACAGUUGCUUAAAACAAGGGUCAGCAAAUGUCAUCUAUAAAGGACACGACAGUAAUAUUUUAGGCUUUGGGGGCCAUGUGAUUUCUGUCACAGUUACUCAACUCUUCUGUUGUCUUGCAAAAGCAGCCACAGACAAUACAUGCAUGAAUGCAUGCGGCUGUGUUCCAAUAAAGCUUUAUUUAUGGACACUGAAAUCUGAA